AUGAGUGACUACAAACAGAGACGCAGGACCACAAGACGAUGCCAGAGAGAGCCCAAAGAGAAAGAGCACAGAUUCCCCUGGGGCUCGGAGACCUGCCAGGCUUCUCACCCCUCAGCACCUGAUUGCUCUGCCGCCUGGUUGGCUGCUGGCACUACAGUGGGAAACAGCACCAUUGUCAAAGGAAGCAUUGUACAUUUAGACACUGCGCCCGGCAGCGUCUGUCCAGCCCUUGCCCGCACCAAGACUUUGGUCUCGGAGCUCGCCUGCAUCUAUUCAGUGGCUCUCAUCUUGCACGACGACAAGGUGACGGUCACUGAGGAUAAGAUCAAUGUGCUCAUCAAAGCAGCGAGUGUAAAUGUUGAACCUUUCUGGCCUGGCUUGUUUGCAAAGGCCCUGGCCAAUGUCAACAUUGGAAGUCUCAUCUGCAAUGUAGGGGCUGGUGGGCCUGCCCCAGCUGCAGGGGCUGCCCCUGCAGGUGGCCCUGCUCCUUCCACUGCUGUUGCUCCAGCUGAGGAGAAGAAAGUAGAGGCAAAGAAAGAAGAAUCUGAGGAGUCUGAUGAAGACAUGAGCUUUGGUCUUUUUGACUAA